AUGUCCCUCUUAACUACAAUCGGCCUCUCCAACCCAGGCCAAAAAGUUACGAACUACGCCCCCCUAAUCCUAGGCUUCCAAUACAUCUACGCCUACGGUAUCCUGUCUUCAAGAACCCUUAAACAAUACUACGGUCUAGACAACAAUGUCUCGCCCCGCGAAGACCUAGCCAAAUACGGCGAAGCCGCCGUCCGCGAAGGAAAGAUCACACGCCGCCAGCUGGACAUGCUGAAGCGCAAUGAAUCCGCACACUCGAAUGCCGUCGAGGGUUUCUCGUUGCUUGUUGCUGGGUUGGGAAUAGCUUCUAUAGCGGGUGUUUCGGCGAGCAAAAUCAAUGCGGCGGGCUUGUCGUAUACUAUUGCUCGAAUUGCUUAUGGGGCAAUUUAUAUUCUUGUUGAUCGGCCGAGGUGGAGUCAAUUGAGGGGGGUUACGUGGUGGUGGGGGAAUUUCAGCUGCUUUUAUUUGUUGUGGGAGGCGCAGAAAUUAUUCACUUUUCAAUAG